CAACCGUUGGCUGAUCUGGAAUUUGACCGGGUGGUGAUUUAUACAACCUGCCUUCGUGUGGUGAGGACAACCUUUGAAAGAUGUGAACUGGUUAGAAAGAUCUUCCAAAACCAUCGCGUAAAAUUUGAGGAGAAAAACAUAGCUCUGAACGGUGACUAUGGGAAAGAAUUGGAUGAACGGUGCAGGCGAGUCUCCGAAGCGCCUUCCCUUCCGGUUGUGUUCAUUGACGGCCAUUACCUUGGGGGUGCUGAGAAAAUUUUGUCAAUGAACGAGUCAGGAGAACUGCAAGACCUCUUAACCAAAAUUGAG